AUGCCAGCAAAAGUUGGUGCGGAUAAAAAACAAGCUCAUCCCGUUGUCGGUGGAGCAGCAGCUCAACGACGAUUGAGUCAAUCGCAUCGUGGUUCCACGGGAGAUUUUCGUGAUGAUGAUCAAGAAUUAGGCAAUAUGCCGGCUACUUAUAUGGGCGAACAUAAUUUAUUCGGUCGUCAGGAUGAUCAAUUAAAACUAACUGAUACGGAAUUAAAUGAAGAACAUACUCGAAUACUUACUGCACGUAAUCCUGAAGCAGCUGAAAAUAUUGUUCGAUUUAGUCAUAAAGAACGAAUGUUUAAACUUAUUCCACAUGUUGAUCAAUUAGCUGUUCAUUUUCAACUUGAUAGUAAUCUUGUUCAUAAAGAUUCUGAAGAUGGAAAACGACAAUUAGUUCAUGAUACUGAAGAUCAAAGAAUUCAAGAAACUGAAGUAACAACAACGGCAGUUGAUCAAGAUGGAGAAGUAAAAACAAAAGAAGGUGAAGAAGAUGAUGAAGAAAAAGCGAAGAAAACAACAGCUUCAACUGGUAAAGCAAAAAAACUUACUAAUCAAUUUAAUUUUAGUGAACGAGCAUCUCAAACAUAUAAUAAUCCAUCUCGAGAUCGUGAAACAUUUGUUGAACAAACACCACGUGCUACUAUUAGUGAUAAUGUAUCUCAAUGGUCAAUAUGUGAUGCAUAUAAUGAAGAUUUUGAACAACAACAAAAAGCUAAAGAAAAAGAACAAAAAAAAGUUUCAGUCAAAAAAGAAGAUGAACGAAAGAAAAAAUUCGUUGUUGCUGAUCAACAUACUGUUGAUGAUAUGACAAAAUUUACUCGAUCAAAAGCAGCUAGUAUAUCAUUGAAAAUCCUUGAACGAAUGAUUAAUCAAAAUACAUUUGAUGAUAUCGCUCAAGAUUUUAAAUAUUGGGAAGAUGCUGCUGAUGAAUAUCGUGAACAAGAAGGUAGUCUUUUACCAUUAUGGCUUUUUCAAUAUAGUAUGGUAAAAAAACUUGCUUGUACAAAUUUAACUUGGAAUACACAUUAUAACGAUUUAUUUGCUGUUGCAUUUGGUUCAUAUGAUUUUCUUAAACAAAGUCGUGGCAUGUUUGUAAUCUAUUCAUUGAAAAAUCCAAGUUUUCCAGAAAAUAUUUUUCAAACAGAAAGUGGAGUUAUGAGUUUAGAUUUUCAUCCACAUUAUGCAAAUCUUCUUUGUUGUGGUUUUUAUGACGGUUCAGUAGCUGUCUAUAAUAUUGCUGAUGAAAACAAACAACCAAAAUAUCACAGUACGUCUCGUAAUGGCAAACAUACAGAUCCUGUUUGGCAAGUUUGUUGGCAAAAAGAUGAUUUAGAUAAUAAUCUAAAUUUCUAUUCUGUCUCAUCUGAUGGUCGUGUUGUCUGUUGGACAAUAGUUAAAAAUGAUCUUAUGUAUACAGAUGUUGUUCAAUUAAAAUUAGAAAAACCAGCAAGUCAAUCUGAGGAAGGUAUUCCAUUAGCUUCAUUAGGAUGUGGAACAUGUUUUGAUUUUAAUAAACAACAAGAUUAUUUAUUUAUUGUUGGUACAGAAGAAGGUAAAAUUCAUAAAUGUUCAAAAUCUUAUAAUAAUCAAUUUUUGGAUACAUUUGAUGCACAUCAUAUGGCUGUUUAUGCUGUACGUUGGAAUAAAUUUCAUUCAAAAAUAUUUGCUAGUUGUUCAGCUGAUUGGACAGUGAAAAUUUGGGAUAUUAAUUUUAAAGAUCCAUUAUUUGUUUAUGAUCUUGGUAGUCCUGUUGGUGAUGUUGUUUGGGCACCAUAUUCAUCAACAGUAUUUGCAGCAUGUACAGCUGAUGGAAAAGUUUAUGUAUUUGAUUUAAAUGUGAAUAAAUAUGAACCAGUUUGUGAACAAAUUGUUGUACAAAAAAAACGUACAAAAUUAACACAUAUUACACUUAAUCAACGUUAUCCUAUAUUACUUGCUGGUGAUGAUCGAGGAAAUGUAAUAUCAUUAAAACUUUCACCAAAUUUACGUAAAAAACCUAAAGUUAAAAAAGGUCAAGAAGUAGCUGAAGGACCUGAAGCUGAAAUAGCAAAAUUAGAAAAAAUUCUUUCACUUAUUCGUGAUCCAGAUGAUAUAAAAAGUAAAUCAUUAGGACAACAAGGUACAACAACAUCGAUUACGACGAAUUAA